AUGGCGUCCUGUCUGGCCCUGCGCACGGUGCUGCUGCUCCUCUGCGGGGUCCUGGCGCCUGCGGUGCUCACAGCCGAGGGCCCGCAGGAGCCCGCGCCCACCCUGUGGAACGAGCCCGCGGAGCUGCCGUCAGGAGAAGACCCCGUGGAGAGCACCAGCCCCGCCUGGGAGCCGGCAGUCAGCGGCCCACCCGCGCACACCGCCACGCCGAGCCCCGAGGACAGCACCGCCCAGGAGCGCCUGGACCAGGGCGGGGGCUCGCUGGGGCCGGGCGCCAUCGCCGCCAUCGUCAUCGCCGCCCUGCUGGCCACCUGCGUGGUGCUGGCGCUCGUGGUGGUCGCGCUGAGGAAGUUUUCCGCCUCCUGAAGCGAAUAAAGGGGCCGCGGUGCGGCUCGGCGGCACCCCAGCAACCACCUUGGCCUCGUUGGUUUGUCUGAGUCCCUGAGCACACUUGUUCCGGCCAGUUUUCUCCACGUGGAUACUCAGAUGAC